AUGAUAACAAAUCUUUUCUCCAUUUUCGACCCCUCUACAUCUCAAUCUAUCUCUCUUAACUGAGUUAGAACACUUCUAAUUAUCCUAUCUACACCUUAUUUAUAUUGAGUAAUUCCUUCCCGCCUUCAAAUCCUAAUUAUCAAUAUAUUCAACAUCCUCAAUAAAGAACUUUCAAUUCUACUAUCAAAUUCAAAAAAACCUGGAAUAACUUUCCUCCUAAUCUCCCUAUUUUGACUAAUCUCAAUAAAUAACUCCUUAGGCCUUCUACCACAUAUCUUCACAUCUACAAGACAUAUUAUAAUAACUCUCUCAUUAGCCCUUCCAAUCUGAAUAACAAUUAUACUAUUCGGAUGAUUAAAUAACACUACCCAUAUAUUUGCCCAUUUAGUUCCCCAAGGAACCCCACCAGCCCUAAUAAUAUUCAUAGUCUGCAUUGAAUCUAUUAGUAAUCUUAUUCGACCAAUCACAUUAUCAGUUCGCUUAGCUGCAAAUAUAAUUGCUGGUCACCUCCUGCUUACCCUUCUCAGAAAUAGAGCAGUCAUGUCUAGACUUUCUACUACACUAACAAUUUCUAUUGCCCAAAUUGCCCUCCUUACUUUAGAAAUAGCUGUAGCACUAAUUCAAGCCUACGUAUUCGUAGUUUUAUCAACACUUUACUCCACAGAAAUCCACUAA